AUGAACCAGACAGAAAAGGCCUGUGAGCUCAGCUGCCCCGGAGUCGCACCCUGGCUGAUGGGAGGAUAUCCAGUUGACACCACACACGUGGAGAACGAGGAACAGUACACGCAGGCUCUGGAGAAGUUCGGUGGCAACUGUGUAUGCAGAGAUGACCCAGACUUAGGAAGCGCAUUUCUGAAGUUCUCUGUGUUCACCAAGGAGUUGACGGCACUCUUCAAAAACCUGAUUCAGAAUAUGAACAACAUCAUCUCGUUCCCUUUGGACAGUUUGCUGAAAGGAGAUCUGAAAGGAGUGAAAGGGGAUCUGAAAAAGCCCUUCGAUAAAGCUUGGAAGGACUAUGAAACAAAAAUAACCAAAAUAGAAAAGGAGAAAAAGGAACAUGCCAAGCUCCACGGGAUGAUUCGUACCGAAAUAAGCGGGGCUGAGAUUGCAGAGGAGAUGGAGAAGGAAAGACGGUUCUUCCAGCUGCAGAUGUGUGAGUACCUGCUGAAGGUCAAUGAAAUCAAGGUUAAGAAGGGAGUGGAUUUGCUUCAGAAUCUGAUCAAGUACUUCCAUGCCCAGUGCAAUUUUUUCCAGGAUGGAUUGAAAGCAGUAGAAAGCCUCAAGCCUUCCAUUGAGACGCUCUCCACGGACCUCCACACCAUCAAACAGGCCCAGGAUGAGGAACGACGACAGCUGAUACACCUUCGAGAUAUUUUGAAAUCAGCGUUGCAGGUGGAACAGAAAGAGGACUCACAACUUCGCCAGAGUACAGCAUACAGCUUACAUCAACCUCAGGGGAACAAGGAGCACGGGACAGAGCGGAACGGGAACCUCUACAAGAAGAGCGAUGGGAUCCGGAAAGUGUGGCAGAAGAGGAAGUGUUCUGUUAAGAAUGGCUUCCUCACCAUAUCCCACGGCACUGCCAACCGGCCACCUGCCAAGCUCAACCUGCUCACCUGCCAGGUGAAGACCAAUCCCGAGGAGAAGAAGUGUUUCGACCUCAUAUCACAUGACAGGACGUACCACUUCCAAGCGGAAGACGAACAAGAAUGUCAGAUAUGGAUGUCUGUACUGCAGAACAGCAAAGAGGAAGCUCUGAACAACGCGUUUAAGGGUGAUGACAACACCGGAGAAAAUAACAUCGUCCAAGAGCUGACCAAGGAGAUCAUCUCGGAGGUGCAGAGGAUGACGGGAAAUGACGUGUGCUGCGACUGUGGGGCACCAGAUCCGACGUGGCUCUCUACCAACCUGGGUAUCCUGACUUGCAUCGAGUGCUCUGGGAUCCACAGGGAGCUGGGGGUUCAUUACUCCAGGAUGCAGUCCCUGACCUUAGAUGUAUUGGGAACGUCUGAGCUUCUGCUUGCCAAGAAUAUUGGGAAUGCAGGCUUUAAUGAAAUCAUGGAGUGUUGCCUCCCGUCUGAGGACCCAGUCAAACCCAACCCAGGCAGCGACAUGAUUGCAAGGAAGGACUACAUCACAGCCAAGUACAUGGAGAGGAGAUAUGCACGGAAAAAGCAUGCAGACACCGUGGCGAAGCUCCACAGCCUUUGUGAGGCCGUCAAGACCAGAGACAUUUUUGGGUUACUCCAAGCUUAUGCUGACGGUGUGGACCUGACAGAGAAAAUCCCACUGGCCAAUGGGCAUGAGCCAGAUGAAACAGCCCUCCAUCUUGCAGUCAGAUCUGUGGACCGGACUUCCCUCCACAUUGUAGACUUCCUGGUCCAGAACAGUGGGAACCUGGAUAAACAGACAGGCAAGGGCAGCACAGCCCUGCACUACUGCUGCCUGACUGACAAUGCUGAGUGCCUCAAGCUCCUCCUGCGGGGAAAGGCCUCCAUUGAGAUAGCCAAUGAGUCAGGAGAGACCCCGUUGGACAUCGCCAAGCGGCUCAAACAUGAACACUGUGAGGAACUGCUCACUCAGGCCUUGUCAGGGAGGUUUAACUCUCAUGUUCACGUCGAGUACGAAUGGCGGCUGUUGCACGAGGACCUGGAUGAGAGCGACGACGAUGUGGACGAGAAGCUACAGCCUAGCCCCAACCGACGGGAGGACCGGCCUGUCAGCUUCUACCAGCUGGGGUCCAGCCAGUUUCAGCCCAAUGCUGUGUCUUUGGCCAGAGAUACUGCAAACCUCACCAAGGACAAGCAGAGGGGCUUCGGGCCCAGCAUCUUGCAGAAUGAGACCUAUGGAGCUAUCCUGAGUGGCAGCCCGCCUUCCUCCCAGUCACUACCCCCCAGCACCACCAGCGCACCCCCACUCCCACCUCGGAAUGUUGGCAAAGAUCCCCUGACCACCACACCACCCCCUCCUGUGGCUAAGACAUCAGGAACUCUAGAAGCCAUGAGCCAGCCAAGCAAGUCCUCCCAAUCCGGAACCUCACAGAGCAAGCCCCCGCCCCUGCCACCCCAGCCACCCACCCGCCUGCCUCAGAAGAAGCCAGCUUCUGGGACUGACAAGCCAACCCCACUGGUCAACAAAGGACAGCCGAGAGGACCUGAAGCUUCUGGUCCUCUGUCCAACGCCAUGGCCCUGCAGCCCCCUGCACCCAUGCCUCGGAAGUCACAGGCGACCAAGUCAAAGCCCAAGCGAGUCAAAGCGCUCUACAACUGCGUGGCUGACAACCCGGACGAGCUGACUUUCUCUGAGGGCGAUGUGAUCAUUGUGGAUGGGGAAGAGGAUCAGGAGUGGUGGAUUGGCCACAUCGAUGGAGAGCCCGGCCGCAAAGGAGCGUUUCCCGUCUCGUUCGUGCACUUUAUUGCUGACUAAACUGCCACUAAACAAAAGCCUUUGUUUAGUUAUGUUCCGUUUUGUUACUGGUACCAAGGCUAGCCAUAGCCAGUCUCACGGACUGUGUUGUACAGCAGACCAUUUUUUCAUGACACUGUCCUGUUCUAAAAACUCAGAGGCGAGUUUUAUAUAUAAGUAGGUUGUUUUUUUAAUAAGUUGUGGUUUUCACGCAACAUUGCUAUACUUUUACUAGGAAAAGCGGAAUUUCCUAAAAGGGGGGGAUGAGAAGCUAUUUAACUGUAUACCCAGGAUCCUGUAUUUCCAGGAGUAGCUGAGCCUAAAAACAGCUUAAACAAAUUUGGGGGAUUCUUAAAGCUUUCCUUAGCCUGAUUCUGACAUUAGUUAUCUUGUUUAAGCACAGUCAGUUUAGCAAGCCAGCACCAUGCUGCUUCCGAGUCUGUUGCCCUACCCUGGACUUUGUCCACAAAGCCAUCCAUCCACCUUUAAAGACGUGUAUUCCUUUGAAACUCAGCCAGUGUCUGUUUAAAGCAACGUGACAAUUUAUACGUUAGCCUUGUACUUUUCUGGACCCCGCCUGUGAGGUGGCAGCUGCCAUGAUCUCCUGCAUGUAUGUACAACCCAUUGUUGUAAACAAUCAUACCUAGCAUACUACUGGUGGGUUAUCACAACGUAGCUAACAGCAGUUUGUUCUACACCAGGUAUUUCUAAACUGCAGUUCCUGAAUUUGGUUAAAAACUAAGGAUGAUGGAUUGCAAAGCAGUAAACUAGCUCGUAUGCCUGCGUGUUUUAGGAUUUGCCUCGGUCAGCGUCCCCCAUCACACAGGAUUAGAAUACGUGGUGCAGACCACAGUAAGAGUCACAUUCAUUCCUCCGUGUCCGGGUGCGUGCUCCUGCCUUCCCCUCCCAGCUCCCGAGGACACCCACUCAGCUUAGUUCUUGUCUUUAAUAGGAUUCUCCAAAAGGAAUGGUAGCUACACUGUCUUGAAAUUUAGCCUAUCCAGUUGUUUGUAUUCAAGAGCCUAUCAGAAAUCUGUAGAUCUUGGGGAGCCCAGUACCCCCAAACAUCCCAGUUACACCAUGUAAGCCCAUCGCAUCACUCCUAAAUUUACACUAUGCGGGGUGGUGGAGGGGAACUAGGUUGUAUAUGAUAAAAAUCAAAACUCAUUAGUUCCAUGAACUUGACUGUCAUACCUCUACUUAAUAACGGUAAGCACAGGUAAGAAUAGUAGUUGGGAAAUGAAAGAGGCAAGCAUAGGGCUUGAACGAAAGCUGGAGUUUGAACAAAAGGAAUGGAUUGAGGACUAAGCUUGACAGUGAGGCCAUGUUGCUGCCGAGGUGGCACACUUUAGCAAAGCAGCCCCUUCUUUACUCUCUUUGUGCAAGGCUCUUACAAGCUUAGAGCUUCCCAUUCUCUGUUUCUUUCAAGGAAAACAGGACAAACUGGAAUGUCUUAUGAUGCUAUAUAGUGACUGCUUCCUGUCUUUCAGAUUCUGGGUGAAAACGUGUUAGAUCUGUAAUUGAGCGCUCUCUCUCUCUCUCUCUCUCUCUUUCUCUCUCUCUCUCUCUCUCUCUCCCCCUCUCCUCCCCCCAACACUGCAUCUGUUUUUCACCACUUGUUAAUUUCUGUCCUUUGAGCCCUUCUCCUAGUCACUUUUCUCAUAGACUUAAAAGCGUGAACAGAUGCAGUUUGCACAUUGCACUUCCCAGUUCCUUUUCGGUGCCUCCCCCACUCCCAACCCCACCCCCACCCGCAUCUGUAUCAUCGGUCUUUAGAGACCUGGUGCCAGCUCUCUGAGGAGUCUAGUUGAUUUAUGUCAACAUUUUAACUUCAGUCCCAAGCUAAUCUAUCAGGUUCACUGGUACAUAAAUACCUAGGAAAUAUUUUUCCACUCUCUAAUUUGGUGGCACUAUUGUGCAGUAAUGGAUAGUACUUUUUACCAGAAGAGAAAUUCUAUUGACUUCCUUCCUAAUUGUCCUUCCUGUUACUUGCUCUUUGCAAAUUGAAAAGAGAAAGCAACUGAAAGGAAAGCAUUGUAGAUACUAUUUAUAUUUAAAGUUUGCAUUUCACGAGAGUCAGCUGCGGAAUUCGGGCUUCUUUCUUUCUUUUAAUUUUUUAAUUUUUUUUUUUUUUUUGCCGCUUUCCAUCAGGUCUGACUUGGAGGGAAGGUGACUCAGAAAUAGGGUGCACAGACUAAUGGGAUCUCCUGAGGGUGGAGAAUGACCUGCAGCCUAGAAUGCUAUUUUGAGAUGUAUGAUAUUCAAUUCAUUCACUUGAUUACUUUGGUCUAGUUGCAGCGCAACUGUAUAUACUGUAUAACCUAAACGGAUUAUUUUCAUUGUCCUUAAUGCAGUGAUUUAUAAUUAGAGCAUGUUUAAUAAAUUGACUUCCUGUUAACCAGUCAUUUGACUGGAAAAAAAUAAAGUGCUUUUAAACAAA